CCAGGCGAGAGUGAACUCCCGGCGCCGGGGCAGCCGCGCGGGCGGCUGGCUGAGCCAGGCACUUCGCGGGGCGCCGGCUCCCGGGACCCAGGCCCGCCACCUCCCCUCCGUCCCCCGGGCUCCACUCUCACUUCCGAGCAGUGGAGGGACGGGCAGCUGGAGACAUGCAGUCGGAGUCGGGGAUUGUGCCGGAUUUCGAAGUAGGGGAGGAGUUUCACGAGGAGCCCAAAACAUAUUACGAACUCAAAAGUCAGCCCCUGAAGAGCAGGGCUUGCAGAACACCUUACAGGGAAAAGAUGGAGGCGCUGAGAGUUCAGAUGUUCAUGCCCUGUGCCUUUGAAAGCUUGUAUCUCAGUUCCGAGGAGCAUCCUGGGGCCUCCAAGCCUCCAAUAAGCUCCUCCAGUAUGACAUCACGAAUCUUGCUACGCCAGCAACUCAUGCGUGAGCAGAUGCAGGAGCAGGAGCGCAGGGAGCAGCAGCAGAAGCUGCAGGCAGCCCAAUUCAUGCAACAGAGAGUGCCCGUGAGUCAGACACCAGCCAUAAACGUCUGCGUGCCCACCACCCUCCCCUCUGCCACCCAGGUGCCGAUGGAAGUCCUUAAGGUGCAGACUCACCUUGAAAACCCCACCAAGUACCACAUACAGCAAGCCCAAAGGCAGCAGGUAAAGCAGUACCUUUCUACCACUUUAGCAAAUAAACAUGCCAACCAAGUCCUGAGCUUGCCAUGUCCAAACCAGCCUGGCGAUCAUGUCAUGCCACCGGUGCCGGGGAGCAGCGCACCCAACAGCCCCAUGGCUAUGCUUACACUUAACUCCAACUGUGAAAAAGAGGGAUUUUAUAAGUUUGAAGAGCAAAACAGGGCGGAGAGUGAAUGCCCAGCAAUGAACACGCACUCCCGAGCGUCUUGCAUGCAGAUGGAUGAUGUUAUUGAUGAUAUCAUUAGCCUUGAAUCAAGUUAUAAUGAAGAAAUCCUGAGUUUGAUGGAUCCUGCCUUGCAAAUGGCAAAUACGUUACCUGUGUCUGGAAACUUGAUUGACCUCUAUAGCAAUCAAGGACUGCCACCCCCAGGCCUGACCAUCAGCAACUCCUGUCCAGCCAACCUUCCCAACAUAAAAAGGGAACUCACAGCGUGUAUUUUUCCCACAGAGUCUGAAGCAAGAGCAUUGGCUAAAGAGAGACAAAAAAAGGACAAUCACAACUUGAUUGAACGAAGAAGAAGAUUUAACAUAAAUGACCGCAUUAAGGAACUAGGUACUUUGAUUCCCAAGUCCAAUGAUCCAGACAUGCGCUGGAACAAGGGAACCAUUUUAAAAGCAUCUGUGGACUAUAUCCGAAAGCUGCAACGAGAACAGCAGCGUGCCAAAGAGCUUGAAAACCGUCAGAAAAAACUGGAGCAUGCGAACCGCCACUUGUUGCUCAGAAUACAGGAACUUGAGAUGCAGGCUCGAGCUCAUGGACUUUCCCUUAUUCCAUCCACGGGUCUCUGCUCUCCAGAUUUGGUGAAUCGGAUCAUCAAGCAAGAACCCUCUCUUGAAAACUGCAGCCAAGACCUCCUUCAGCAUCCUUCAGACCUGACUUGUACAACAACCCUUGAUCUCACGGACGGCACUAUCACCUUCAAUAACAGCCUCGGAACUGGAGCCGAGAGCAGCCAAGCCUAUAGUGUCCCGACGAAAAUGGGUUCUAAACUAGAAGACAUCCUGAUGGAUGAUACUCUUUCUCCUGUUGGUGUAACUGAUCCACUUCUUUCGUCAGUGUCCCCGGGAGCUUCCAAAACGAGCAGCCGGAGGAGCAGUAUGAGCAUGGAGGAACCAGAGCAUGCAUGUUAGCAAAGUCUUCCCUGCUCUUUGUUCUCACAGCUGCUUCUUUCCUGAUCAGUAGAUUUAGUAAUUGACCUGAGGGGUUGUCUCGAUAAUUUCCCUUUAAUAUGAAUUUUUUUCAUGCUUUAUCAAUAGCCAGGAUAUAUUUUAUUUUUUGAAUUUUGUGAAACAGACUUGUAUAUUCUAUUUUACAGCUACAAAUGCCUCCAAAGUAUUGUACAAUAAGUGUACAGUAUAUCUAAACUGAAUUCACCCUAGACGUUAGCUUUCUGAGUAAGAAGAUUUUGCAUCAUGGAAAUUUCUGUCCAUUCUUAUUCAGGUGAAACGGGUUGGAGAUUUUUAUGCCUGUGACUUCCUUGGAAAUUAAAUAUAAAGUUUAAUUGGAAGAAUGUAAAAAGCAACCAAAAAUAAAUAGGGAGAGAGACAGACAGACAGGCAGGCAGGCAGGCAGAGAGACGAAAGAAAAGAAAUUCAGACUAACCUUUUCCAUUUUGUAAAUGUGUUCGUUGGUACUGCCUUAAAGAUACAGUACCCACUAGCAUCAGUAUACUGUAGACUAUUUAAAGAAAUACUUAUAUUCUGCAAAAGAAAGAAAUACAGCCAUAUUCAGGAGGAUUGUCUGGUGAAAAAAAUAACUGAAACAUUACUUAUCACUGAAAUUGCAGAGAGACAUAUCAGGGCUCUGAAGUUUGGGGUUGAAUCUUCACUCUCUGCUGUUAUAAUUGUCCUCAUCAAUGAGUAUGAUUCAAUUUUCCAUAAGAUAUAUUUUAUUUUUAAAUGAAAAUUAAUGUCUUCUCAAAGUAAAAUAUUGAGGAGCACUGAGUGUUUUACUUUUUUUCCUUCAAUUUUACUUUUGAUAAGAAAACCAAUCUGGGCACAUUUCUAAUUGGCUUUACAAUUUUUAUUUUUAAAUUAUGUUUUACUGUUCAUUUGAUUUGUACAGAUUCUUUAUUAUUAUCAUUCUUUUCAGUAUGUUUAUGUUAAUUUGUAAAAAUAUGCAUCUUAAAAUGGCAAGUUUUCAAUAUUUUUACAAUUCACUGAUGGUUUUCUGCAUUCUUUGUACACAUGAAAGAAAGUUCAUGUGUUUAAAGAGCUCUGCAAAUAUUUUGUAUAUUACAGUCUCACUCAGAACUGUUUUUUCACACAUUUAAGAUGUAGUAUUAAUAGGUAAAACUGGCUUUCUAGGGAGAAUAAACUUAUUUAUUUUUAGUGAUAUAAAAAUAGCAAUAUUCUUGGAGACUGGUAACCAUAGUGUUAAUAUACCCAUUAUUGUCAUUUAAAUUGAGGUUUAUUUCAGCAAACUUGCUGAAUUUUUUUAAGGAGAAAUACUGUAUUGGCCAAUUACUGGUACUUGGUAACUGUUUAACAAGCAGCAAUAUUGUAAAGGUAGUCUCUGUGCAUUAUCUCCUUGUGUAGUCCUAUGCAAUAAGAGCAGUCUUACAUGUAUUCUGUCAGGCCUACGUGUUUUAUACAGAUGACCUGUGAUGUUAAGAGCCAGGCUGUUGAAUGGAAUUUCUCAGUAGCAGCCUACAAUUGAAUAGCAGUGGCAUAAAGCAUAUCGAUUCAGAAUGAAGUGCCUUAAAUAUAGCAGUAGUCUUUUUUGGAACUAGCACUGACUGAAGUGUACUGCAGGAGAAAGUUUAUAGUCAGGAACAUGUAGCAUGGUGCCUAUGUAGACAAUAUAAGAGCUUCCAAUUCUUCAGAUAUUUUUAAUAUUAAAUAUAUUUUAGUGACAGAGUGCCAACUUCUUUCAUCAGGAAACCUUAUUCAGGAAGGUUUUUUUUUUUUUUAAAAAGAAAAUGAAUUUAAAUGUCAAAUGUGAUUUGGUGAUAGGUAUUGGAGGGUUCAAGAAGGAGUGAUUGUCAAAUGUGUGAAUGGAUGACUUAUAUGAAAAUAAUUCACUGCAUACAUAGUUCCUGUGCACAUUGGGCAGUGAGAAUCCUUGGAAAUUUGAUGACACUAUCAGUUUUAUAGCUUUAUUACUUAAGGGAGUAGGGAAAAUUAGUUCCCAUUCUUUCAACCUCCUUAAUUACAUAGAUAGCUCUUUUCCUAGAACAGUGAUGCAAGUGUGCAUGAAAAGCUAAUUGUACCAUAGUGUGCAUUGAUACAAUCAUAGCAUUGUCUAUUUUUCUCUUCAUAUUUAUAUGGGGGAAGGGGAGCUGGGUACAAAAGUCUGAGAUUGCAAUGGUAUGAUGCUAGUUUUCUCUAAUUUGGAGGGUUCUUAAAAAUAGAACAAGGUUGACUAACCAAGGCCCAGGGAAUUUGGCCGGGGUUAAGCAACAGUAUGGAAAGCUUUGUGGAGAGAAAGCUUGGCAACUCGUGCCACUGUCCUGGGUCUCACAACUCCUGAGCUCAUCAUCACCUGCUUCCCCAUCCCCUUCUUAAGAGAUAGUUUCUGGGAGUGGCAGGUGAGUAAGCCCAGGAUGCUGCAACUUCAGGGGUGGUUUUAUUUAUUUCUUUUUUGCCAAAUAGAGUAUGGAUUUGUUUUAGGGACUAGUUAAGCCAAGAGGCAGUGGUUUGGGCUUGCCUUCUGUGAUGAGAAAAUGAUCCACACCACUACCCAAUCCCUGGGUGCAAAAUUGUGACGGGGUUGGGCUUCCACCUGGAGUGACAAAAUGCCAAACUUGUCCACCUGCCUCUGUGUAAGGUAAUGGAAAUACCAAGCCUUCUGACUUUGCCAAAAACCAUACAACCAACCUGUCAUACAUAGAAUGACAAAGUUCUUUCUGGUUGUUUUUUAAAAAUAAAAAAAUAAGAACAAAUAAAAUAUGUAGGAAGUUAAAAGAUACAAAAUAGAGCACAAAGGAAUGCACUUAUUGAUAUAUUUUUAAAAUGCACUGGAAAAAAGUUGAUGUUGAUAACAGUGUAUUAAAAAACUCUAUUUCUUGAAAAAAAUGACAAAUGACUGUCUCUUUCGGAUGCUUGGUACUGUAAUGUAGUCAUCUGCUGUUGGAUCCAGCAAUAAUUUCUGUAUGGUCUAUAGCACUAUAUAUUAUGGAUCGAUAUUAAUGUAUCCAGUGAUAUAAUCGAAAUGUUGUUCUUGAUAGCCUCAUUAAAGCAUUUCUUUUUUCA